UUUAAAACAUAUAUAAUGGCCGAUAUUCAUAGUCAGAUCUUAUAUUCAAGACCGUUUUAAGUUACAGUCUUAACAGUAACGAACCAAUCAGAGGGCUAUAUUAGCGUCAAGACUGUCUUAAGACAGUCUUGAAAUAAAAACCGACUAUUAUUACCGCCCAAUGAAUGCUAAAGAUAGAACGACACAAUAGCGCAUUCUCCGAAGACAUAGUGGAAUUAGAAUUUUUUAACUCCAGAGAUGACAGAUCUCAGUUCGAGAUGAUUGACAUGUAUAAGGAAUUAAAAAUGCUUUUAAAUGAAUCUGUUGAAAACAACGAAGUAUUGAUAUUUGUAUUGACAGCAAAUGGAGAUUUUUUUAGCAGUGGCAAUGACAUAAGCGCCUCAAUAGAAUCUUUUUCGGUUUCUGUUAAUACAAUUAAGGAAUUAAUUGAUACUAUAAUUAUGUAUCCAAAGCUUUUAAUAGCUGUUGUUAAUGGACCAGCAAUAGGAAUAGCAACUACAAUAUUAGGAAUUUUUGAUAUAGUUUACGCUUCAGACAAGGCAUAUUUUCAAACACCAUUCAGCUCUUUGGGUCUUGUUGCUGAAGGAUGUUCUUCGUAUACAUUCCCAAGAUUACUGGGACAUUCCAAAGCUGGAGAUAUGUUGUAUUUAGGGUACAAGAUGAAUGCUCAAGAAGCCAAACAACAUGGUUUGGUUAGUAAAGUGUACAAUCAUGAUUCUCUUGAAGAAGUAUGGAAUUAUUUGAACAAGAUAUCGACACUUUCUUCACAGUCAAUAUUAGCGACUAAGCGAUUAGUGAGUAGAUGGAAUAAAGAAAUUUUAUUAAAAGUUAAUGAGGAAGAAAUAGAAGAGUUGAAAAAACUAUUUGAAUCUCCUGAGCUAAUCCAAAGGAUGUUAAAUUUCUUGUCACGAAAAAAUAAACUUUAAAAUACUUUAUAUUUUUUUAAUAAACAGCAAAAACUAAAUUUAAUAUCUCAAAUAUUCACAAUGUGCAUUAUAU